CGUACAACGAAAUGUUAUUGACAACUCCAUGUUUACAGAUAACAUUGCACAAUAGUUACGCUGGCAAGAAGGAAACGGUCGGAAUAUCUUCGUUUUCUUGUCAAAGCUCGUGGCAUCAUGUGCCAUAAAGCCAUUUGAACCUAACGUGCUAUAAACAUGCAACGCCAGGUUAAAAAACGCCAAUCGUUCUGUGAAGAAGAUUACGAAGACAUAAUCCACGAUCAAACAGUGCUGAACGCUAAGCAUAUUGGAACAAACAUUGGACAGUUAAAGCCCGGAGACCACAUUGCUUGGGAAAGAUCGUAUAUAAUAUGGCAUCACGCUAUAGUCGAAAGUUGUUAUGGAGACCAGACCUUAUAUGUUAUAGAGUUCAGUAAAGAAGGCGAAGUAUUAAAAGUACAUACAACUAAAAUCGAAAACAGAACAGAAAUAAAUGGUCGUUUGUUUCGAAUUAACUAUCCAGAGCCUGUCAUCAUUGGAAAUUCGCCAGUUGUCGUUCUGGAUAGAGCACACCAAAUGAUUAAACAACACGAAAGUUACAACCUAUUCAGCAACAACUGCGAACACCUUGCAACGUAUUGCAAGACAGGGAAACGCAUUUCGUAUCAAGUCAAAUGGGCCCAGCAAAAAGCUGUCGAAGUGUCUGCGAGCUCAGCUACGAGUGAAGCUAGUAAGGCCUUAGGUGAACAAAUGUUAAGGUCAAAACCAAUAUUUGAGGCUUUUAUAUCAGACCUAACAAAAGCAACACAACAUGUAGUACGACAGCUUGCAGCAACACAAUUAAGACAACAGCUCAUUGCAAUCGCUGUAUUACCAGAGUUUUUACAACAACCCGCUGCAUUAUGA